GCACAAACCCCGCCUCUCUCCUGUGCUGUGUGCAUUCGCAUUGUGUCUAAACAGGCAGCGAGCAAAAAGAUAUUUUACCAACAGCAGUAAUGUCGGGCAGGUCGGUUCGAGCGGAGACGCGGAGCAGGGCGAAAGAUGACAUCAAGCGGGUUAUGGCUGCAAUUGAAAAAGUGCGGAAAUGGGAGAAGAAAUGGGUGACUGUUGGCGACACGUCACUGCGAAUCUACAAGUGGGUACCAGUGACGGAGCCCAAGUCAGAUGAUAAGAACAAAAACAAGAAGAAAGGCAAAGAUGACAAGUAUGGCUCUGAGGUCACGACCCCUGAGAACAGCUCCUCUCCUGGAAUGAUGGAUAUGCAUGAUGACAACAGUAACCAGAGCUCGAUUGCGGACUCUUCCCCAUUGAAGCAGGAGACCAGCAACAACACUAGUCCAGCACCUGAGCCCAUGACCGCUUCUCAGAAUGACAGCAGUGACUUGAAAAAUGACCAGUAUCCUUCCAAACAGCCUUCAUCUGGUCUGGAUCAUAAGAGUGAACAAAACCACUGCUCAUCGGAGUCUAUAACAAGCAAAAGGGACAGCAAGUCACAGGGGGAUUCAGAAAGCUUUUUAGACUCUUCCAAAUCGGCCCAGGAAUUGGAAGAUGGUGCCCCUCCAAGCAAAAAAGGGAAAAUCGACUCUUCCUCUGAAGAAAGUUAACUGUCCUGACAGCCGUCAAGCAUUUGCGAUCCCAGUCUCUUAUCCCGAAACACACAACAUAAAGGAGUUUCUUCUUCAGUUCUAGACUCUUCCCUACUACCAUAUGUUCACUUUAAUCCAGAAAACCUGUCUCUUGCGGUCAUUUUCAGUGUAGAGGGUAUAUUUGGAUCGUUGUACGAGUAAAGGUAAUGAAUCAAGCUGUGAGAUAUUGUACUGACCCCAAAACGACUCUUGUUACCCUGCAAUCGCUAUGUGCUAUUUCUUUUGCCAAGAUCAGUAUUGUCAAUUGAAAUGGCACUAGUACUGCCAUAGUUUUUCCAAAUUGGCACUGACAUCAACUGCCAUUUGCAAUUUAAAAACGUAUAUAUCACUCACCUUUUCUUGUUCACUCAGGAAGGUCAACACACUGUUUUUUUUUUGUUUUCUAAAUCACGCUGAAAAUAACUGAUCUCUGCUGCUGUAGUUUAGUGAGAUUUCACCAUAAGUAGCUAAAUAUGAAAAAAUACUGCAAAUGGUACUAGUCACAAGUUAUUCAAGUUCUCCUGUGAAGACCAUAGCUUGUAGAAUAGGCCUUGCUUGGUUGAGUGUUUUUGUGUUACUGAGAAGAGGAUUGUUUUUCUUUUCUUUUUUGACUGUCUACACAUUUUUUCCAAAAGUGCCCACAUUUUUGUUUCGUAUAUUAUAUAUAUAUAUAGAAAUAAUAAUAAUUUGCAAGUAAGCCGCAACUGUUCAUUUAACAAAUUUAAACUGUGCUUUCGAAUCAAGCUUUGAAAUGCUGGUUGCCAUUUCAACAGCACUACAACCUUCCAGCUUUCACAAGGGAUACAACAACUGCAUAAUUUUGAUACAUCAAAUUCACAAAUUACUGUUUCUUUUAGCAGCAACUGUACUGACUGCAUGUGUCGUCGUCCAAGGAAACACGUGACAAUGAUUAGAUUGUAACACAGGCAGGUUUUGGUAGACAGCUGUGCGAAUACCUCAUACUCAGUCCAGCAGUGCUGGAAUGUAAACACUAAGUAUGACUUUCUCAAAAUUACUCUGUUACGUAUGCUUGAAAAAUAAAGUGUAUAUAUUUAUACGAUUAAGUUUUUGCUACCCUUAUGUUUUUGCCACAGUAUUUCGCCAAACUAUUGCCUUCUGUUGUUCAAUCUCUGAAACCUUAGCGAAAUGUAUUCAUUGGGACCAUAUUGUUUUGUUUUGUUUUUCCCAGUCUAUAAUAGAAAUGUCUUGUACAGAAGUAUGGUUGUGUCUAACCUAUUUAUUCCACAUGUAGUUUAUUGGUUUUCUAAAAAAACAAACAAAAAAACAAAUAAAAUAAAAUAUUUCCUUUCAA